UCGAUGGCGGGCGUGCUGAUCGACUCUGGAGUGACUUUGUACAGUCACAUUGCCCUAGGGCAUCCUGACAGUCGAGAGACAUAUCCACAUCGAACCCACCGCGUUGUGACGAAUGAAUCUGAUGCUCGUUUGUUAUCGCUUUCCUUGCAUGGCCGGAACGUUACCUGGCUAUUUAUACGGGUCUCUUGAAGGCCCCAAGCCACGGCCAUCAUGAUCGAAACUGCCUUCAUUUACGAACAUGUCUCAAGUCCAGCAGUACUGGCUUCCAGGCUACGGGCUGUCCCGCCAUAUUGUCUUAGGUCACAUACAAUAUUUCCUAGGCCCAUCGGCAAGUGUCAGGCCAUACUCCUACCAGGGCCGGGACGGCUACCUGAUAGUCGGUGUGCCUCUUACACGGGAGCAAAUCGACGACCUCGCUACGAUGUCUCGAGAAUACGAGCGCCAGGAAUCUGUCCGAAUGACAGGAGAUACCGGCAUCAGUAGCUCUGCCAGACAGUCGGAGCCCUACAUCAAUGAAAUUGUCCCGGUUCGGAUUUCAGGCAGUCGCCGGAGACCUAUAGAGCAUGAGUCUCGACGGGCUUACUGAUCUAGCGGGCUAAGAAGAGUUCGCGUUCGUGACAUUUGUGGGUUGUUCUAUGUUUUGCUCAAGCCGUUUUGAUUUUCCAGCGGGGCCUUCUUUCUGUUUCACAGAUACCUUGUUAGACGUGAUUGACUUAACUCUUCUUUUGUUUUCCUUUAUCUUCUUCCAUUUUUUGCGCUUUCGGGAGUUUUCACUCAGGUUGAAUGAUAUGCCUGCACUCUGAGCGAUAUGAUGGAUAAUGUGAGUAGGUACGGUCCCUGCCGUGAUAUUGGAUACCGUGCGCCUGGCCCGCAAGCCGAGGAGAUCAGGCUAAGAAUCGUUCAUAAUACAAAU